AUGAGAUUAUAUUUAAAUGAAAAACCACGUACUUUUAUAAUAACUACUACUACUCAUGCUUUAAUUAUAAGACAUCCUAAUCCAGAUUAUAAACAUAAGUCUCUUAAAGAUCUAAUACCUGGUUAUAAACAAAAAGAAAAUAAUAAUAACAAAAAUAAAGUUAUAGUUGAAUUUGUUUUAAAAGAUUAUCUAGAUUUAAAUCAAUAUAAAGAUAUCACACCAAGAAAUCUAAUUGGUUGUUUAGGUCUAUUAAGUAUAAAGAAUAAAAUAUUCCUUGGUUUCAUUACUAGAGAAGAAUUGACUGCUUUACCUACUAUAAAUGACAAAAUAUUUAAAAUUACAGGUACGGAAUUUUUUUGUAUUAAUAAUGACGAAUAUGAUUAUUUAUUAGAUAAAGAUAUUGAAGAAUUGAGUUUUCAAGAACGUGAAAAAUUAAGUCCUGCUGGGUCAAUACGAAAAAUUUUAUCCACUGGUGCUUUUUAUUAUUCAAAAAAUUUUGAUAUAACUUCAAAUAUUCAAGAACGCGGUAUAAAUAAUUCAGAAUUUGAAUUAUUUGCUGAUUCCGCAUACUUUAGUAGAUUUAUGUGGAAUGGUUUCAUGUUGGGUGAAUUUUUAGAAUUUCGAAAUAGAUUACCACUGAUCGAACAAAAAUUAAUGGAUCAAAGUGGUUUUUAUGUAAUUAUAGCUAGAGGUUAUGCUAAAACUGUAAAUAUAUCAAUUGAUGGAAAUGAUGGUUUAUUAACUUUAAUUUCAAAACAAUCAAGCGCUAAAGAAGGGCCAUUAUUUGGUGAUUGGGGCUGUGAUGGAAAUGGAUAUGUUUCAAAUUAUUUAGAAAGUGAAAUAAUUAUAUAUACUAAAAGAUUAUGUUUAUCAUAUGUUAUAAUACGAGGGAAUGUUCCAAUGUAUUGGGAAAUGGAGCAUAAUUUUUCAACAAAAUCUGUAUUAACUUCAAGUGGUAAAAAAAUUGUAUUUCCAAGAUCUUUUGAAGCUUCUCAAGAUGCAUUUACAAGACAUAUGGAUAGAAUAUGUGGUCAAUAUGGUGAUGUACAUAUAUUAAAUGCAUUGAGUGAUAAAUCAUAUAAAGGUGUGCUAUCAGCAUCAUUUGAAGAACAGAUAAAAGUGUUUUUACAAAAAUAUGAUAAUGGUUAUAAAAUACUAUAUACUCAUAUACCUAUAGCAUCAGCAAGAUUAAAGAAAAUAGGGUAUACAGGUCAAAAUCCAUACGAUAUAAUUUCAUUAGUUUCUGAUUCAAUUGUAAAUUUUGGUGGUUUAUUUUUUGAUAAUUCAGUAUUUAUAGGGAAACAAUUGGGUGUAUUCAGGAUAAAUUCCUUUGAUAGUUUAAGUAAAGCUAAUUUUCUAUCAAAAGUUAUAAGUCAAGAAGUUAUAGAAUUAGCAUUUAAAGAUAUUGGAAUAAUACUACAUCGCGACGUAAAAUUAAAACAUGCAAAAUUAUGGGAAGAAAAUGAUGAUUGUAUACUGAAAUUAACUUUAAGUUUUGUAUCAACUAGUGAUAAAUUACAAUCAUCAAAAACGUCAAAACAUAAAUCUGUUAAGAAUCAUAUAACAAAGAAGUAUUUAUAUUCAGUAGUUGAAUCAAAGCCAAAAGAAAUUGCAUUGAUGAAGUUAUUAGGUAGAUUACAAGAUCAAACACCAAUAAGUUUUCACAAUCCAUUACAUGAUUAUAUUUCAAAAGAAUUAAAUAAACAUUCCAAAGAAUUUACAUCCCUGAUGGAUAUUUCAUUAUUUGCUUCUACUUUUAAUGUUAAUGGUACAGUAUAUGACGGAGAUAUAGAUAAUUGGAUAUAUCCAGAAGAUAAAACAUUUGAUCUUAUAUUUAUUGGAUUACAAGAAAUUGUUGAUUUAAAUGCUGGACAGAUGGUCAAUACCGAUACAAGAAAUAAAACACAAUGGGAAAGGAAAAUUUUACAAGUUUUACAAAAAAAAGAUAAAUAUAUGGUUAUGUGGAGUGGACAAUUAGGGGGAUUAGCUUUAUUUUUCUUUGUUAAAGAAGAUCAAGUUAAACAUGUUUCAAAUGUUGAAUGUUCAUUCAAGAAAACUGGAUUUGGUGGAGUAUCGGCAAAUAAAGGUGGUUUGGCCGUUAGUUUUCAAUUUUCAGAUACCUCAUUGUGUUUUGUAUCUUCUCAUUUUGCUGCUGGGUUAAGUAAUAUUGAAGAAAGACAUCAUAAUUAUAAAACAUUGAUAAAGGGAAUACAGUUUUCAAAAAAUAAAAGAGUUCAAAAUCAUGAUGUUGUAAUAUGGCUUGGUGAUUUUAAUUAUAGGAUAAAUUUACCAAUUGAACAAGUAAAACCAUUAAUUCUUCAAAAAAAAUUUAAUAAUUUAUUCGAAUUUGAUCAAUUGAAUCUACAAAUGGCAAAUGGUGAAAGUUUUCCAUUUUUUGCAGAAUCAGAAAUUCAAUUCCCACCAACUUAUAAAUUCGAUAAUGGUACAAAAGUUUAUGACACGAGUGAGAAACAAAGAAUUCCAGCAUGGACUGAUCGUAUAUUAUACCUAUCAAGAAAAAAUUUAGUUAAACCAUUAAAUUAUAACUGUGAUCAAAAUUUAAUAUUUUCAGAUCAUAGACCAGUUUAUGCCACAUUUAUAAUCACCGCAAAUAUUGUAAAUCAACAAAUUAAAAAAAAUUUAUCAAAUGAAUUGUAUGAAAAUUAUAAAAAAGUGAAAAGUGGAGGUAUUAAUGAUAUUUUAUCCCUUAAUAAACAUGUUGAAACUAAUGAAGAAAGUGAAAGUUUACCUCCUCCAAGUUCUGACAAAUCUAAAUGGUGGUUGGAUGGUGGUAAACCUGCAAAAGUAUCAAUACCAAAUUUAAAUGAUGGUGAAAUGGUUAUAAAUCCAUGGAAACCAAUAAAUCCAUUUGAAAAAACUAAUGAACCUGAAUUUGUACUAAAGAAGGAAAUAGAUGUAUUAUAUUAA